CCUAGUAUCUACUUUGUAGCUUGAAGACACAAUCGUAGACAACAACACUUCCUUCUCUUGUUAUCCUCACUUUAAAUACGACCCGUUGUAUUCCCAUGGCCACUACGUACACCUACCCAAGUGUCGGUGAGUCUCUGCAGCAGCGGCAUCGCUCGCAAAGUGACUCGAAUCUACUCACGGCUGGAAGUACCGAGUCUUCCCCUGGCGACCCUGAACGUGGAGCUGAGGCAAACGGUAUGCGAAGACUAGGAAGCAUGGGGGACAUCUCCCCAGCUAAAGCGAGCCACCAAAAGAAGAAAGGGUUCUUUCACAAACUGGUCAGACCCUGGAAAUGGCGAAAGAGAGGAAAGAGAGGAGGAGGAGAGAAAGGAAUACCUAGGACUGAUAUUGUUAGUAGUUAUUCACAAGAAGAGUUACCAGUUCCGUCAUCAUCAUAUUUAGCGGUAGAGAUGAAUAAUGAUUUCACUGUCCCUCCCCCUCGUCUCCCUCACCCCACAACCUCUCCACCUCACAAUCCUGUCCAUUCAGAUCUCAUGCACUCUUAUCCACCUGCACCCAACAGUGCCCCACUCCCCCUACACAAACACAUGAAUGGCCCAUCUCUCUCAAUGGACAUUAACAACAAGCACAGACGGUCCGGUGAGUUAAAGGUAGCCCAAAGGAGCAGUAUUGAUGUGCCUCCUCGUGAGAACAGGAGAGAGAGCACUCCACCGUAUGCAGCUGGAAAGAAAGAAAGUGAACCAACUGUACCACCAAAGAUUACUGAUAUGAGAAAUCUAAAGGAGUCGCCCCCUCCAGCCAGUCCCAGAAGUAUAUUAAAAGGAGGUGUCAUGUACGAUACUGAUGCACACAAGAAACCAGCUGGACCAGUUGUUACUGCAGUGGUUACUCCUCCUGGAGGACCACCAGUAGCUCCUAGGAAAUCCAGUCCAUUAUAUCAAGGGAGACAAGCCUCACCACCUGUCACUACCAUACCUCCCCCUGAGCUCCUCCCUCCUCCCCCCGGCCCUCGUAGACGGCCCCAGCAGCAGAGUGACUCCAAUUAUGUUGUGUAUUCACCGAAUGAUGAUGAGUCCAGCUCAGAAGAGGACAAUGUUGAUGGAGACGAGUAUAACGAUGAUGAUGAGGAAGACGAAGAACCAGAAAUGGGAGGCUUUUCUAAAGUAUUGCGACACGACUCCGUGGCUAUAUUAAGAGAAAGAAGAAAGAAUGAACCAAUUACAACCCAGACAGCAGAAACAAAAGCAGUGGUUGAAAAACAACUAGAAAGGCGGUUGAGUUUAAGGCCACCAAGACAUGAGCUAGAAGCAAGAAAUAUUCUUAAAGGCAAAGCAAACACUCAGAGAGAGCUCGAGUUAGAGGAGAUGAAAGCUAACUUGACAAGAAAACUAAGUCGUAGGCCGACAGUCAAAGAGUUAAGAGAAAGAAAUAUUUUGAAAUUUGCUGAAUAUGCUGAAGUGGUUGAAUGUGAAGACUAUGAUAGAAGAGCUGAUAAGCCAUGGACCAGAUUGAGGCCAGAGGACAAGGCUGCCAUUAGAAAGGAACUGAACGAAUUCAAGAAAAUGGAAAUGGAAGUUCACCCUGACAGCCAGUACAUGACAAGAUUCCACAAACCGUAAGAGUGUGACUAAUGAAAUGAACUCAUUCUCAGUGUACCGACACUUCAAAAAGCAAUCUCUUUCCUUCCUCCAUUUCACUUUAUGUCCCUCCCCCUCUCCCUCUCUCUCUUUUGAGUGUUUUAUUAUAUAAAAUAUUAUGUGUGGCAUUAAUGUUCAUUAUUUUUAACCCUAAUAUGUACUCCAGUAAAAUUUAUUGUUAUUGUUAUUGUUGUUAUUAUUAUUAUUAAUUUAUUAUUGCAAUGUAGGUGUAUAUGUGAUAAAUAUUAAUGUUUGUAAUUAUAAUGUGUAGAAUAAUUAAUAAUUUAUUGUUAAAAAUAAUUUUAUUUGUGAGCUAUAAAAAUUUUAUUUGUGAGCUAUAAUUCUGUAAUUAUUUCCGUUUCAGGAGCAAAGAAGGCAGUAUUGUCAUCGAAAUAAAAUUACAAAUUAUAAUUAAUUUUAUUACAAUAAUCUCUCUCUAUCAUAAAAAGGUCAUUUAUUCAAUAUCUUAAUUG